UUCUUCGACAGCCUGCCCAGAAUGCGUAGCUUGGGAACUAUCGCCGUCCUUGCGGGCCUCGUGGCGACGGCCUGCGCAGGUGUCGAUGGAGUCCUUGGCGGUGGCCUAGCAAGCGUCGGGGUUGGAAGCAGUGUGGUUCUAAUAAACUCAGGAAAGGGAGUCGGAGUCGUCAAGUCUCUUCCUGGUCCAGCGUAUCUCGUCAAAAGCAUCGACCAUUUACACAGAGUAGAUGGGGGACAUGACGUGGUGGUGCCUGGUAGUGUAGGAGGUUUCGUCAGUGGUUUCGGAGGAGGUUCUGGAGGAGGCUUCGGAGGAGGCUUCGGAGGAGGCUUCGGAGGAGGCUUUGGAGGUGGCUACGGAGGAGGCUACGGAGGUGGCUACGGAGGUGGUUACGGAGGCGGCUAUGGAGGUGGCUACGGAGGUGGAUUCGGCCGUCGCUCAGGCUACGGAGGUGGCUUCGGUGGCGGAUAUGGAGGUGGCUUCGGUGGCGGAUACGGAGGCGGAUUUGGUGGUACCUACAAAGGAUGCUUCAUAGGCGAUUAUGGCGGCGGUUUCGGCGGCGGCUACAGCGGGCUCAGCGGAUAUGGUUAUAAAUGGUAG